UUUUCAACUAUUUUCACUGCUGAAAAUAAUAGUCAGUGUUUCUUUGCAUCCUUGUGCGCAUCACAUUCACAUUUUUCUUCUCGGAAACUUUUCAUCGGUCCUCGAUUUUGAGAUCAGAGAUAAGAAAAUGGCGAAAUCUAGCGCCGACGAUGCUGAACUCCGGCGAGCUUGCGAGGCUGCAAUUGAAGGCACGAAACAGAAUAUCGUCAUUUCCAUCCGUGUCGUCAAGACUCUCGGUACCUGGGGAAAAGCUGCCAUGCUUGGUCGUCAAAUGGCUAAACCUAGGGUUCUCGCUAUCUCUACGAAAGCGAAAACUCAACGGACUAAAGCUUUUCUUCGAGUCUUAAAGUAUUCAAAUGGAGGAGUGCUUGAGCCUGCUAAGAUAUACAAGCUGAAGCAUCUCUCAAAAGUGGAAGUAGCAACUAAUGAUCCCAGUGGAUGUACAUUUACUUUGGGAUUUGAUAACCUUAGAAAUCACACUGUGGCUCCUUCACAGUGGACAAUGCGCAAUAUUGAUGACAGGAACCGCCUUCUGCUUUCUAUCUUGAAUAUUUGCAAAGAUGUCCUAGGUCGCCUUCCUAAAGUUGUUGGCGUAGAUGUUGUGGAGAUGGCUCUUUGGGCUAAGGAAAAUACACCUGCAGUUUCCACUCAAAAUAAACAAGCAGGUGGUGCUACUGUUGAAUAUGCUGUCAAUGAGGCAGAAUUGAAAGUCAAUGUUGAAAAGGAGCUUGUCUCCCAAGCAGAGGAAGAGGACAUGGAAGCUCUUUUGGGAAAUUAUAUCACGGGUAUUAGUCAAGCAGAGGCAUUUUCUGAAAGGUUGAAAAGAGAGCUCCAGGCUCUGGAAGCAGCAAAUGUGCAUGCUAUUUUAGAAAGUGAGCCUUUGAUAGAUGAGGUGUUGCAAGGGCUUGAAGCUGCUUCAAAUUGUGUGGAGGACAUGGAUGAAUGGUUAGGCAUGUUUAAUGUGAAACUCCGACACAUGAGGGAGGAUAUUGAAUCAAUUGAAAUCCGCAAUAACAAGUUGGAAAUGCAAUCAGUAAAUAACCAAUCUCUCAUUGUUGAGCUUGAUAAACUUGUUGAGCGAUUGCAUAUCCCUUCUGAGUAUUCAGCAUUUUUGACAGGAGAUUCAUUUGAUGAAGCGCAAAUGCUUCAAAAUAUUGAAGCAAGCGAGUGGUUGACCGGGGCCUUGCGCAGUUUUGAAGUGUCAAACAUAGAUCCUACUUACGCAAAGAUGAGAGCUUUUAAAGAGAAGCGAGGAGAACUUCAAAUAAUAAAAUCUACUUUUGUUAGGAGAGCCUCUGAGUUUUUGAGGAAUUACUUUGCUACUUUUGUUGAUUUCAUGAUGAGUGAUAAGAGUUACUUUUCUCAGCGGGGACAGUUGAAAAGGCCAGAUCAUGCUGACCUGCGAUACAAGUGCAGGACAUAUGCACGCCUUUUGCAACAUUUAAAGAUUCUUGACAAGAAUUGCUUGGGCCCAUUGAAAAAAGCUUAUUGCUGUUCUCUAAACUUGCUUCUUCGCAGGGAGGUCCGUGAGUUUGCUAAUGAACUUCGUGCUAGUAAUAAAACUUCUAAAAAUCUAACAGAAGGUUCCAUGGGAUCUGGUCAGAAUGCAAAUUCUACCGACUCUUCCGUUGCUGAUGCAUAUGCAAAGUUGCUCACUGUUUUUAUCCCACUUAUGGUGGAUGAGAGUUCUUUUUUUGCACACUUCAUGUGCUUCGAAAUUCCUACACUUGAUGGUAAUAAAUCAGGACUUACUGAUGAUGCUAAAGAUGACGAUGAUUUGGGAAUUGCGGACAUUGACGAUAAGGAUAGUAAAUCAAGUACAAGUAUAAAUUCUGUGGAGCUAGCAGCUUUAAAUGAAGCACUUCAGGAUUUGCUUGAUGGAAUUCAAGAAGACUUCUAUGCUGUUGUGGAGUGGGCAAGCAAGAUUGAUCCUUUAUGCUGCAUAUCAAUGCACGGAAUUACAGAACGUUAUCUCUCUGGUCAAAAAGCUGAUGUAGCAAGAUUUGUCUGCCUUUUGCUUGGUGACCUUGAGUCUCGUAUAUCUACGAUGUUUAGAGGUUUUGUGGAUGACGCUUGCCAUCAGAUUGAAAGAAGUGAACGCAAUGUUCGCCAAAGUGUCCUACCCUACAUUCCCAGAUUUGCAACCCUUGCAACGCGGAUGGAGCAGUACAUUGCUGGACAGUCCAGGGAUUUGGUUGACCAAGCGUACACAAAAUUUCUGAGGUUGUGGGAGAAGAAAUAA